AUGUUCUCAAGCUUCAAGUCAACUUUUGGGGCUUCCAACCAACCAAAACGUGCUCCUCGCGGGAAGCAAAUCCGGAGCAGCAGCUAUCGAGAACUAAUACCGCAUGUGGAGAAUGACAUCAUCGUAACGAUGGCCCAACUUCGCCAUUUCGACCACAAUUCAUUAUUCAACAAGCUUAUUCUACUCAUGGAGACCAGUCACAGAGACCAAAAGACACAGCUUCAGCAAGCACAUCGUAACCAAGGCAAAAGCGAAGCCUUUUACCAGAAACUAUUUGAACUACGGAAAAACAACUUGGACGAAUUGUCGAGUCUCCUAAGCGUCUUUAAAAACAACCACAGCAUGCACUCGUUGCAGAAAGCCCGAAUGGCACAACCUGCUCGAAGUCACUCCUCCUCGAUAUCGUCAAAAACCUCGGCGUCGCCCUCGGUGACAUCCCGCAUGUCGAUGGCCGAUAACGAGAGCGAGAUUUUCGAGGACGCGCCCGACCACUUGUUGGACCCCAUCUCGUUUGAACUAUUCACCGACCCCGUUCUCACCCCGAGCGGCAUCACAUACGAAAAAGAGACACUAUUGAACCACUUGAACAAAAAGGGGAGAUAUGACCCCAUCAGUAAGCAGGAACUACGCAAGGACCAAAUUUACCCCAACCUUCUAGUAAAGGAAUCCGUCGAGGCAUACAAGCGAGACGUGAGCGCUAGGUGA